AUGAGCGUAUUUCUGCAUCUCCUGCCCGCCCACAUCUGCAAAUACACUCCGGAAGAGAAGACUUUGAUAGUGGAGGAGACGGAACGGAGACAUCUCCUGAAUAAGUGCCAAAUGCCGAGACUAGAAGACCACUGCUCGUGUACUUCUAAUCACUUAUCCGGUGCCAAGUGGGUCAUAUAUAAGGCAGAAGAAAUGAUGUCCAUCAUCACCUCCAUGCUGAGCCAAGCCUACGGCUCUCUGCACGAUGUGCGCACAGCCAACCUGAUCCGCAGGGGUCUGGUUCUGUUCACGGUGGGAGCCAUCCUCGCCCUGGUCCUCAACCUGCUGCAGAUCCAGAGACACGUCACGCUGUUCCCAGAGGAGGUCAUGGCAACACUGUUCUCCUCUGCCUGGUGGAUCCCUCCAUGCUGCGGCACCGGGGCAGCUGUGGUGGGCCUGCUGUACCCGUGUCUGGACAGUCACUUGGGAGAACCACACAAGUUCAAGAGGGAGUGGGCCAGCGUCAUGAGGUGUGUGGCGGUGUUCGUCGGCAUCAACCACGCCAGCGUCAAACUAGACAUAGAUAACAACGUCCAGCUGUCCCUCACGCUGGCAGCCUUGUCUCUGGGUCUUUGGUGGACGUUCGACCGCUCCAGGAGUGGAUUUGGUCUGGGAAUCACCACCGCUUUCCUGGCCACAAUUAUCUCGCAGCUUCUCGUCUACAACGGGGUCUACCAAUACACCUCUCCAGACUUCCUGUAUGUACGCUCCUGGCUGCCGUGUAUAUUCUUCUCUGGUGGAGUCACAGUAGGAAAUAUCGGGCGCCAGCUUGCUAUGGGCGGCGUUGAAAAACUUCACAAUGACUAA